UUUAACCAUGCACAGAUAUAAAUAGUUUCAAGAGUGUAAAGCGACCAAAAACACGGCACAGAUACAACUUCCACGACUGUUUUCAACAUUUCCCGUUGCCUCAGAGUUUAUUAGUGAAAGAUGGAGGAAGUGUAUGAUGCUGCGGAGGAUGACUGGGAUGAUGAAGAAGAUGAGGCCACUCAGUACAUGAUUGAACAGAGUCUACUGGAGUAUGGUAAACAUGCUGAUUCAGCUACCAGCAGUGAUCCAUUAGACUGCAUCGACCAUGAGGAAAUUUUCACUGCUAUACAAGCUGGUAAUGAGGAUGCCCUGAAGGUCCUGGUGCAGCGUAAGGAGGCUCUGUCUAAUGCAGACAGCAGGGGCUGGAUCCCUUUGCAUGAGGCAGCGGUACAACACAAGAAGAGCAUUCUGGAGAUCACAUAUGCAGCAUCUCCUCAGGGGUCGGGAAAAUGCCGUACUCUGAGAGGGGAGACUCCGCUGUUUCUCGCUGUUGUUCAUGGUCUCCGAGAGAACGCCACAUUCCUGCUGCAGAACGGUUGUGACCCUGACUGCAAAAAUGAGGAUGAUGAUUCUGCAUUGGUUGCAGCCAUAAAGAAUAACCAGUAUGACCUGGCUCUGCUGCUGCUACGCUACAAUGCCACAGUGGACCAAAAAGGAAGUCUUCAAAGAACCGCUCUGCAUGAAGCAUCCGUGCUUGGCUUGGAUGACUUUGUAUACCUACUCCUACAAUCUGGCGCCGACCCAAAUGUCAUUGACGUCUGUGAACAUACUCCUUUAGGACUUGCGGCUCAAGCUGGACAUUUUAAUGUUGUAGAGAUUCUGCUUCAGAAAGGGGCCAGUGUGUGGUCCAAGCCUCAUGCUCUUGGUUCAGCUUCAGUUUUAUUUGACGCUGCGGCUUCUGGAAACCCCGAUAUAAUUUCACUGCUGCUGGAGUAUGGAGCCGAUCCCAACGUGCCCACCCACACCGGCCAUCUCCCCAUCCACCGUGCAGCCUACCGCGGACAUCUACUAGCGCUGGAGCAGCUGAUCCCUGUGACUAAGAAAGAGGUGAUCAAAGAGAGCGGGAUGAGCCCGUUACACUCGGCUGCUGCAGGCGGUCACACUCAGUGUCUGGAUCUGCUCCUGAGCUCCGGGUUUGACCCAAACUUCAUGCUACACCCUAGAGUGCGAAGGAACUACGAUGACGAACGCAGGUCAGCGCUGUUCUUCACUGUAUCGAAUAACGACGUCCAGUCAGCAAGGGUUCUUCUAGAGGCCGGGGCCAUGGCCAAUCAAGAUCCUGUCAACUGCCUGCAGGUGGCCAUGCGACUGGGCAACUACGAGCUAAUCAACACUCUGCUCCGCUACGGUGCCAAUGUAAACUACUACUCCCGUGUCAACACCACCCACUUCCCUUCUGCCCUCCAGUACGCACUUAAAGAUGAGGUGAUGCUGCGUAUGCUGCUCAAUAACGGCUAUGAUGUGCAGCGGUGCUUUGACUGUCCGUAUGGACAGGCCUCACAUGUGCCUGUCGAUUAUGAGGGCUGGACCGCUGCUGUCAUCAAAGAUGUGGUGUUCUGUGAGGUGAUCACAGUGUACUGGCUCAAGCACAUUUCAGGCCAAGUAGUGAGAAUCAUGUUGGAUUAUGUUGAUCAUGUGACUCUCUGCUCCAAACUGAAGAGUGUUCUGGUUGAGCAAAAACAGUGGCCGGAAAUAUGUAAAAUACAAGAAAACACUCGAAGCUUGAAGCAUCUCUGUAGACUGAAGAUUCGUGACUGUUUGGGUCGCUUGCGUCUGAGGGCUCCAGUUUUUAUCAGUUUCCUGCCACUGCCUGCCAGUCUCAAAGACUAUAUUCGCUUCAAAGAGUAUGAUAUUUACAAUAGAGGAAGUAUGGCAGAAGAGUAGAACCAGACUGAUAAAUCUGUACAUGAGAAGCUGCUGUAACAAAACUUUAUGGAUAUACACUUUUUAUUUAAAAAAAAAGUCUUGUGAAAUAUAAAUUUGUGUUUAAAAAACAUUAUGUCCAGAUACAGUGGUGUCCAAAAAUCUACAGAAAUUAUAUUGAAUGUUUGUGAUUCAGAAUCUAAUUUAAAAGGAUGGUUCACCCAAAAAUGUCUAUACUAUGGUCAGUGCACACAAAAAUAGAGGUUUAAAAUUGUAUCUUUUGGGGGACAACAGCUUGUCGCUGGAGCAGUACCCUUAAAGGAGAAGUCCACUUCUAAAACAAAGAUUCACAUAAUGUACUCACCCCCUUGUCAUCCAAGAUGUUCAUGUCUUUCUUUCUUCAUUCGUAAAGAAAUUGUUUUUUGAGGAAAACAUUUCAGCAUUUUUCUCCAUAUGAUGGACUGAUAUGGUGCCCUGAUUUUGAAUAUCCAAAAUGCAGUUCAAAUGCGGCUUCAAACGAUCCCAAAUGGACUUCAUUGUAUCUUUUUUUUUUUAC